CCUGCCGGUCAGGUCCGUUGAUUCUGCGUUCCCGAGAGCUUCUGUCAGCAAACGAUAAUUACGGCGAAGCAGGCACGUGAUGACUUAGAAGAGUUAGUCGCUACCGAGUCAAUUUUUUUCUCUACCUCGAAUCGAUUCAAACUUAGGCUGAAUUAUUGGAUACAAAUAAUAAUAAUAAUAUUUAGAAAAAAAAAUAAUGCAAUUAAUUAAUUUACCAUUUAAAAAUUUCUCUCAAGAAUAUCAAUAGACGGUUAAAUCAGAAACGAAUCAAGUUGAAAAAGCAAUUCUUUAACGAUAAAAUUUGGAACAGAGAAUUUUUUUCAUUGUCUUUGCAAGGCCGAUGUAUUUUCAGUAGUUUCUGUUCAAAAGUGAUGGUAUGUGUGAAAAAUCACACAAUUUAUGAAUGUGAAUACUGGAACUUUGUGGCCCAGAUAGAGAUCUGAAACUCAUUUGUCCACUAAUUUGAGAUUGUUUGUUUACUCACGUUCAAUUUGCUACUUCAUCUCCUGACCGACUGACUUUUUUUUUUCCACAUCUGUUUGUUUCAAACUGACCACCGCGAUUGAGGUGUACAGGAUUGAAGAUCCGACGACGGUGGCGUUUCGCAGGGUCGCCGCGUGGUGGGACCGCCAGGCCACUGAUCCACCAGACAUGAGCCUGCCCACCACACGCCACACUGCCACGGGCGAAGUUCAUGUCAAGCGGCCCAUGAACGCAUUCAUGGUGUGGUCCAGAGCCCAACGCCGCAAAAUCGCCCUCGAGAACCCCAAGAUGCACAACUCGGAAAUCAGCAAGCGACUGGGUACAGAAUGGAAACACCUGUCUGAAUCAGAGAAGCGGCCCUUCAUCGAAGAAGCCAAGCGACUCAGAGCUCUGCACAUGAAAGAGCAUCCUGAUUACAAGUACAAGCCUAGACGGAAACCCAAGACUCUUCUCAAAAAGGACAGGUUUCCUUUUCCUCUACCUUACAUGUCGACACCAAUAGAUUAUCUAGGAAUGAACUUCUCCAGGAGUUUCUUUCCAGGGGCUCCAACGUCGUCCGGACUUCCUAUGCCCGGACUUCUCCCUUUCUCGUCAGGAGCAGACUCUAUCUUCCAGAGUCAACCAACAGCUGUCAUCACCAGCACAGCACCAACAGCGACAGUGUCCAGGCUAUCCCCUUCCGAAGACAGAACAGAUCCAGAUGGAAAGCUGUCGUCUGCAGGAUCUUCUACGACAAGUGACGCAGGACUUUUGCAUCCUUUCAAACCCCUCAGCAGCACAAGUCCGUAUCCGACUUACAGUCCGGCAGCUGCAGCAGCAGCGGCGGCUUCUCUUUAUUCCGGGCUGUCCCUUCCAGUGUCUCCUUACUUCAUGCCAUGUGGCUGCGGUCCGUCCGGCCCUUAUGGCCUGGGAUCGUCUGUACCAAGAAGUCCAGGCGAAUCUGCUGUGGUCACUUCAUCCGCCGGAUCUCUUGUGCUCAACCCUUUCCUCAGAGUAUCGGACUGCCAUUCAGCGUAUCCUUCAACUUCGAGGGACAAUCAUGGAGAUGCACCUACUCCUCCAGGACAUUCAUUGCCCGCUAGUCAGUUGUUAGGGUUGUAUUCGUGUCUGGGAAGACCGAAGCCGCCAGAAAAUGGUGAAUUGUGAACAGUAUGAUAGUAGAAAGUAAUGUCACUUGAUGGCAAUGUGUCACCUGCAUUUGAACCUGUAAAAAGGCGGUAAUGCUGACAAAGUGUCAACAUAUCAUUUUCUUUGAGGCGACUCAUUGCGAUAGUUCUUCAGAAUGCUUCAUCUCCCAGAACUUUCAUCAGGUAUUUGUUAGUAAAAAAGAAACAAAAAAUGUCUAUAGAUCAAAACGUUUGCAUUGUGAUUCUGUACAGCGUUUUAUAAGGUAGAAAUAAAGUAAGAGACUUUCCUCCUGUUCAAAUCAAGUUAUGUUAACUGUAUUGUUUUUGUUUAAAGCAAAUUUUGGACUAGAACUGAAACAAUUAAAAAUCUGAUGAACAAAUCAGUCAAUUAUAGGGUGGUCAUUCUUACAACCGUCAUUGUUGAGUAAGAAAGAAAAUUUCCACAGUUAAAAAUCAAAUCCGUUUUUUUCUCCUUCCCAAGUGUACAAGCAAGCGAAAUUUGAAGAUACAAAAUAAAGAUAUACACAGUGUUGCCGUUUUCAGUAAAUCUAUGCAAAGGUGAGAACCAAAUAAACUUUUAUUAACAAACUUCUGUACGAAUUUGACUCAGAAAACUUUUUCCAGUACUGUUUUGAUUACUGUGAUCCCCUUACCUUCCCUGUUGACAGUCUGUUCAUCAUAUCAAAUCAAACAAAAUGACCGACGUGUAUAAUUGUUUGUAUGUGAACUAGUCUCUGAACUCAUCUUUCUUGUGAAGAAUCAUCCCAAAAGCUGUCAGUGUUUCAAAGUUACCUAAUCAGACCGCUUCCAACCAUCCCUGUCCAUCAUUAUUUCGAAGUGCCGCAUUCCAACCACUCUCCUUCCAGCCCCACCUGUUGCAAUCAAAGACUUUCCUGAACAUCCUGGAGUCUCCUUCUGGGGUGACUUAUUGAAACAUCAAAAGUGCUGCCAACAAGAGGCCGACUGAACUGAAUCGAUUUGACUCUCUCGAAACCGGUGGCCUGUGUCCAUCCGCUUUUUUUUCACCCUCUCUUUUAUUUCAAUUCGCGUUUUGGCAGCCACACAUUUAAUGUAAUAGUACUACAGGAUGAAUAAAACGCGCUAUGUGUGAAUAAACAAUGGAAACAAAGGAGGAAACCGAUUUCUUUGGUUGUGCUUUCUUGUUUGCACAGAGUUUUACGCCAUUGUUGGCCUAUGUCAUUUCUGCAACACUCGUCCCAAGGUAUGGACGAUUUCAUUGAUGGCUUGCUUUAAGGGCGAUUAUUUUAUUUUUUUUCUCGAAGGCGGAUGGUGUAUCAUCGGGGGGUGGUGCAAUUACAGUUGUUUUCACUCUCCUUUCAACAAUUCAUUCAUGGAAGAGAGUGAAAGAUUGCUCCGGAGAUAGGCCGGGAACAAAAGAAAGACUGGUUUCUGA